CCCUAUAUAUACUUCCCUUCAUAUUUCUUUCUUCCCUCCCCUCAAUUCCCUCUCUCUCUUCUCUCUCUUCUAAUAACAAAUUCAAUCAACAACAAUAUGGAUGCCCCUUUGAGAUCAACAACUUCAUUGUUAACAUUCUUUCUCCUAUUCUUUUUAGGUUUGAAUAUGUUUAAACAAGUAGAAUCACUUGGGAUUAACUAUGGUCAAGUUGCAAACAAUUUACCACCACCAGAGAAAGUACUUCAACUUUUGCAUGCUCUAAAGAUAACAAAGGCAAGAAUAUAUGAUACAAAUCCUCAAGUGUUGACAACAUUUGCCAAUACAAACAUAGAGCUAAUUGUCACAGUAGAGAAUCAGAUGUUAGCUACAUUAUGUGAUCAACAACAAGCAGUUCAAUGGGUAACAAGUCACAUUAGGCCAUAUUUUCCAGCCACAAACAUCACGGGGAUCGCGGUAGGCAAUGAGAUAUUCACAGAUGAAAACAUGUCCUUAAUGACCUAUCUUGUCCCAGCCAUGGUUAGCAUUCAUGCAGCACUUGUUAAAACAGGACUUAGCCAAUACAUACAAGUCUCAUCCCCUAAUUCACUUGCAGUUUUAGCCAAUUCUUAUCCACCAUCAGCUGGUAGUUUUAGGAGUGACCUAAGUGAAAUAAUGCAACAAUUUUUGCAAUUUUUAGCCACUACGAAAUCACCAUUUUGGAUCAAUGCAUAUCCUUAUUUUGCUUAUAAAGACAAUCCAAACAAAAUAUCAUUGGAUUAUGUGUUGUUCAAUUCAAAUGAAGGGAUGAUUGAUCCAUACACAAAGUUACAUUAUGACAACAUGUUGUAUGCACAAGUUGAUGCUGCUAUAUUUGCAAUUGCAAGAAUGGGAUUUAAUGGGCUAGAAGUGAAAAUAUCUGAAACAGGAUGGCCAUCAAAAGGUGAUACAAAUGAAAUUGGUGCUACAUUACAAAAUGCAGCAAUUUACAAUAGGAAUAUUUUGAGGAGACAAUUGCUUAAUGAAGGGACCCCAUUAAGGCCAAAUGUUAGAUUGGAUAUUUAUUUGUUUGCUUUGUUUAAUGAAGACAUGAAGCCUGGCCCAACUUCAGAGAGAAACUAUGGAUUAUUUCAACCUGAUGGAACUAUGGCUUAUAAUGUGGGAUUAUUGUCAACAACUUCUUCAAAUACAGAGCCAGCUUCAGCUUCAAUUUCUCUUGCUUCCUCUGCACCUCCUAAGGUGAAUAGAGUGGGAUAUCAAAGCUUGGUCAAUUGGAUGAUGAUGAUUUUUGUGUGUUUUUGGUGGCUUUGCAAGUGUUAAAUGAGAUGAAGGCAUGCAACAUUAUUAAGGCAAAUUAAGGGGAGUACUUGGCUGUAAAUACAUUGGCAAGUCUUCUCUAUAAGAUACAAGGAUACAAAUAGUAACUCCGAAAAGGCAUAAUACAUAGACAGACAUUUAAAUUUGACGGAAAUAUUCAUUUAGAUAUUUCAAUUGAGACAACGACCUAUCAGAUACUGGAUGUAUGUGCAUGCAUCGUCAAGAAUGGAGCACGCAGAGACUAUGAGACAUGACAAGAAGCUUUUCGUGUAAUAAUUUUUUUAAGGGACGAUCUAGUUAAUUUCUCGAUUCAUAGAAAGAGUAUAUAUAUAUAUAUAUAGUUAAUGUCAUUUAUUGUACAAUAUUUGCGAUUUAUGUAUCGCAAAAUAAAAUAGCUCAUGAUUCUUUGCUAGGGAAUUGACAAAAUCAGAUUGUUAAUUAUGUCUCAUUGUGUGAAGAUGAAAUAUAAUCUUUUUAAUUAGCAUUUGUAAUAUUUGUAUCUCUAAUGUUCAUUGUUCAU